GAAAAGCGGCGGCUCCGGGCUUCGGGCUUUCUGCUUGCAUGGCCACUUUUUCUCCGAUGUCUUUGCGUCACUGUUCUUCCUAUGAACAAAUUAAAAAGGCAAGAAGUCCUUUACAAAGAAAGUUUACUGCUUGCGCUAAUACACAUACUCUGCCUCCGCCAUUUUUCCCAAUUGGAACACAAGCAUACGAACGAAUUAAAUUCAUAUUUAAAUUCAAUUAAAGAUAGAUAACAAAAAAACAAAAAUACACAAGACAACACCCCCUCAAAAAAACAAAAACAAAAAACAACGAAAAUAAAACUCACCAAGUUCCCGACGAAGACGGCGGAUCCCUCGGUCCCGAAGCCCGAGCAAUGGAGCGCGGGUCCACGAUGGCGGCGGUGCGGGAGCUGCACAAGUCCUUCAGCACGGACAAGGUGCAGAAGGCGCUGUCCAUGUUCUGGGUGGCCAAGCCCUCGGGCGUGACCACGAGCACCUCCUACGACGUCAGCAGGCGGAUGGGCGGCGCGGGCGGCCCUCCCUGCUGCCAACAGGGCGCCCACCACGAUCACCUGGAGGAGGGCGUGAGGAGGCCCUUCGCGGACCAGAGGGAGAUCGACGACACGCCCUCCAUCUUCGAGUUCGACUUCGCGGACAUGUGCCCAGCAUAUCUACAAACGCGCGUCCGCCUCUGUGAUGCGCGUUAUAUUAAAUGUUUUGCCGAGCGGAGAAGAUCAGGAACUCCUAAAUGCCCUGUAUACCCCUUCGAUAACCAGAGCCGGUGUCAAAGCACGUAG